AUGGGUUGCGCGAGCUCGGUUCCUGAACGAUUGGAUACCCCUACAGUAGGCGCUGAGACGCGUUUGCCCCUCGGGUCGGAACAAGUUGAUAUCAGUGGUAGUAACUGUACUGGCCAGCUUCCAGGCACUACCAGCGCUGGACAGUCCGACGCAGCAACAUCGAACCAUUUGCGUGCUCGGCCUCCCAACGGCUCCUCUCGAGGAUUGGCGCAAGUUAAGCAUCCCAUCAGCCUGGCAGGAUGGGACCUUGUUGUUGUAGACCUCCCGAACACUGUUCCGGGCGUUGCUUCGGUUGGCGCACUUGAACCAGCCAUCUUGCCGCAACCAGCCCGCAAAGAGGAGCAUUUGGGAGCCUUCGCGUCACCCAUCCUAUCGAGCCAGCAAAAAUCAGGCGUUCUGCAUCAAUCGGCGUCAAAGCGCGCCAAAGCCACGGACUCACAGUCUGAUGGUGGAUCCCAAACUCUAUCCAGCGGACCGGCAUCCCCUGGCUUGAGGAGACUUGAGCCGCAGCUGCCCGGAGAGGAAGCUACCACAAUCCAAGUUGAGCGUGUUGCGGAAUUUGAAGCACCUCUCUCCCGCGCCGAUGGCCGCAAGCUAGUUCUUAUCGUCUGGGACAUCGAGCACCACGUCCUAGGGUACCUGAAGCAGCACUUUGUGUACAGCAAGGGCCGCAUCGAGUAUCGCACGGUUGCAGCACUCUCGGCGGCGACCCUGCGCACGCUGCUAAGGUUCCACGAGCGCUUUGUAGAGCUGGCGGUCCCCAAUGUGAGUCUGAUGUUGGCGGCGAAGGACAAGACCAGCACGGUACUUGCCAAGGAGGUCCGCAGCUUCAUGGCUCAGCACGCGCAGCUCGCCCGGCAGAACCCUGGCCAAGUGACCAUCGCGCUGGUGGCCCGGGAUGACCACUUCCAGGACAUUCGGCAGGCGGGUGCCGCACAGCGUGCGCUGCUACCGCCGCUACAACAUCCACCAACGCUGCUACAGCAGCAGCAUGAGCAGCAACAACAGCGGCUCGGUAAGCCAGCCGCGGACGUGGACCGCCAGACGGCGCUGAUACAGCCAGUAGGAAGGUUGAAAGACCAGCAGCUGGUUCCCCCUUCUCAGGAACUCGGCUCUUGGCCGGCACAACAGCAACGGCAGCAGUUGCAGCAGCACCAGCUACAGCCUGCGGGGCCCCCAAUGGACCACCGUAUGCUGGUGCUCAUUGUGUGGGACAUAGAGAACGUGCGAUGCCCCAGGGGCAACGGGCCCUGGGACUCCGUGCUAACACCGGCCAAAGUUUUGGGGUACAUUAAACAGCAUUUCAUUUACGAACCUGGGCGCGUCGAGUACCGCACUGUGGCGGCUGUGACGCCCAAGAGCCUCAGCAUUGUCCAGAAGCGAUAUGCGGGUUUUGUGGAGCAAAUGGUUCCGGAGCUAACUCUGUUGGUGGCAAGUGCCCAGGAGCCCAAGCGAAAUGCGGACGUCAUGCUCAAAAAGGAGUUGUACCGCUUCGUGUCGGAGCAUGCGCACAUCGCGCGGCUGUAUCCGGGGCAGCUCACGGUGGUUCUACUCAGCGGUGACGAGGACUUUCUGGAGCCUGUACAGGUAGCGCUGAACUCGGGCUUCGCGGUGGAGCUCAUGCACCACGACAAGCCUAGCUGGGCCCUACGCAACCAGCAAGGAUACGCCCGACCGCCGCUGCUGUGGGCAGAUUUCCUCAAGGAGCGAAGCGGGGCCGACGUCGUCAAUCUGCCGUACAAUGGAAGGCGGUAA